GAGAUCAGACUGAGAAGCACCGGCCGGUCCUCCUCGCAUGCCUUGCACUCGAACAGAACUGUCCAGUUAUCGCCAGACACGGCGUAGUCCCAGGUUUGUCUGAGCCCAUCAAUAUUGAGUACCCAGUUGAAGCGGACUAUGUUGAGCCGCGCCUCUUCAGGCGAAGAUGCCUUCGGGCCCUCGUCAUCGGCGUCGUCCUGCCUGAGCCGCCGGCUCCUCCCAGCCGCUCUGCGCCUGUGUGUGCGAUGGCGAUGCCGACGAGACAAGCAGACUGAAAAGACACAAGGGCAGCAGUCACAUGCAAAGCAAAAGAGGUGAAGGGUGCGUGUGAAACACUGUCAUGCGUCUGCUCAUCUGACUCACCCGCAAGAUGACAAGCAAACACGACCAGGAUGAAGAUGCUUCCCAGUCUCAU